AUGGGCUUUAUGAAGACUCUCUGUGUGUUCCCUUGCCGCCCAUUAUGCCUAUCAACUUUACUUAGAGAACAAGGGCCUUUUGUGCUUUGGAGAGGGUGGGCUACCAAAUUCUUUGGUUAUGGUAUGCAAGGUGGUUGUAGGUUCGGUCUAUACGAGUACUUCAAGAAUCUCUAUUCAAAUAUGCUGGCAGACAGCAACAGAAAUGUUGUUUUCUUUGCUAGUAGUGCUUCUGCAGAGGUGGUUGCACCUGUUUUUGGUAAAGGGUUGCUAGAUGGAUUCCCAAAACUAUAUGCUGCCGAAGGACUCCAUGGUUUUUACCGAGGGCUUAUUCCACUUUGGGGUCGAAACCUUCCAUGUAAACCCUGCAUUUCUAUAACAUUCAUAUACUAA